UCACAUUGUUACACAAUGUUAAAUACGUAGGAAAAUCUUUCAUCAUGAAGCCAGUACAAAAAGCGAAGAAGGAGUUCGCCCCGCUAAAUAUAGUGCCUCGUGACACAUGGGGGGCGCUACCUUCCCGGGGGACUCUGGAGCCCCUGGUACCCCCCUAUAAAUAUUUGGCGUUCACACACACCAGGACGAAGGAGUGUUACAGCAACGAACAAUGCAUCAAGUUUGUGAAGGAACUACAGAUUAGAAAUAUGGAGGAGGAAGGAAUGCCUGAUGUUCAGUUCAAUUGGAUCGUCGGGUGCAAGGGUAACGUUUACGAAGGCAGGGGGUGGAACUGGGCUCCCACCCUUACAGAGGACCGCCACAUAAAGCACGCAGGACAGGACAUUCCGAACACGGUAGUGGUUGCGUUUAUAGGCACCUUUUUGGAUAGACUUCCAUCGGACGAGAUGUUCAACACAUCAUCACAAAUAGUCCUAGUCCCAUAUUUUGAAAACAAGUAUGCCGACGGUUUGAAAAUUAUGCCGCACAUUAUAACAAAGCAAGACAAAAAGGAAAAGACUCCGGCCAUUGAAAAGGAUCAAGGCCAAAAGCCGCAAGCUUUAUCCAAGGAGGAUGCGAUGCUUAAAAAGCGCUUGAAGAAAUACGAUAACGUUGAAGAAAAAAAGAAACUCUUCUUCAAUGUGAGGGAUGGAGAAGAAGAACAUUUAAAGCCGGACGAAGCUACUUAAAUAUGACGUUGAAGUUGAAAAUUGUCAAGUAAUCUAUAGUUGCGUUUCAUUUUGGAGUUGUCAUAAAUAAUGUUUAUUUUCAUUUGUGUCUUUCUUUAGUGUUUUAAAAUUAUAUUA